ACUUCGGAUGAGGCUGAAGCAGAUCGACUCAUCGAAGAAAGAACGUUCAUGUGGUCAUGGCCGUUCUGCACUGAUGGUAUGGCUCAUGGAGCUUACACUAGAGAGAAGUUCCUCGUUUGUUUGCCGUUCAACAAAGGUGGCACUGGAGAGAAAAACGGCACCACAAAAAAAUUCGAAAGAAUAGCCGAGAGCGACUUCAGUUGGAGUAUGGGACUGUCGCAUGAUGCCGAGCUGGGAUCAACUUGCUUCUGGCGACUUGAGAUCGAGGUCCAUCGGAAGCUGAACGCUAUCGUUCUGAUCGCCUCGAGGGACAUUAGUCGAUACAACGAAAACACGAAACGACUGAAACGGGUGAGAAAAAUGUACAGGCUCCCCGAUUACUACGAUGUUAGCACCACGACGACCACCAUGUACGACUGGGCGGUGGUCGUUGAAGCAUUCAAGAGGGAAAGAGUGAAACCGUUGAUUCGGCGAUGUGUCUCCAAUGCUUAG